AAACAAAGCCUCUGAUUGAUUCAGAGACAACGAGAGAGAGGAAACAUGAAUAACUAAAACGUAUAUUUUCUCGUCUUUUUCUCGGGAUUGAUUUCAGUCUUCCAUUACUCUCAAAGAAGAAGAAAGAUCUGAGGUCGAAUGGUCCAGGAGAAGAAGAAUCUCUCUUAGAUCGUUUGAUCUGAUCUUGAUCUGACGACUAGUAGAAGAAGAAGAAGAUGGGAAUCCUUUUCACGCGGAUGUUUUCUUCCGUGUUUGGCAACAAAGAAGCUCGUAUCCUCGUCCUCGGUCUCGACAAUGCUGGAAAAACUACAAUCCUCUAUCGGCUUCAGAUGGGGGAAGUGGUCUCGACGAUCCCGACUAUUGGGUUUAACGUCGAGACUGUGCAGUACAACAAUAUCAAAUUUCAGGUCUGGGAUUUAGGUGGCCAAACGAGUAUCAGGCCAUAUUGGCGAUGCUAUUUCCCGAACACACAAGCAGUGAUCUAUGUUGUUGACUCGAGUGACACAGAUAGAAUUGGGGUGGCUAAAGAGGAAUUUCAUGCAAUUUUGGAGGAAGAGGAAUUGAAAGGUGCAGUGGUUCUCAUUUUUGCAAACAAGCAGGAUCUUCCUGGUGCACUCGAUGAUGCGGCUGUGACAGAAGCCUUGGAGUUGCAUAAGAUAAAGAGUCGUCAGUGGGCAAUCUUCAAAACUUGCGCUGUUAAAGGCGAAGGGCUUUUCGAGGGAUUGGACUGGUUGAGUAAUACACUGAAGUCGGGAAGUGGCUGAAAAUGAUCUUGAUACACUUACUGGUCAUCCCUCAACAAUGUAUCUUCUCUUCUUUACUUAUUGGUUUGUUUAGUAAUUUGCUUAGUUCUUCCAUCUAAAGAGUUAAAUAUCAAUGGCAUGUUCACUUAUUACAUUUUUUUUUUGUUUCCUUUCGAGAGAGAAAAACUCUACACGGAUUUGUUAUUGGGACC